GCAUUCCAGUCUGGUGCGCACCUGCCAGCGAGAGAAGAUGAGCAUCUGCAGAUUCCCAGUUGAUGUGAAAGCCAUGGGUUUGCUGGAGCAUGAUGCCAAAGAGAAGAUCUGUAUGUUUUCGGUGUCCUGGUCAGACCAAAACCUUGUCCUCGUCUACAGGGCAUUUGAAGAAUUUAAGAAACUCCAUAAAACGCUGAAAAGAAAAUUCCCCAUUGAAAGAGGUUUGCUGAGGAGCUCUGACCGGACUAUCCCCAAGUUUCCAGAUUUCCUAAAACUGGAAGCUGUAAAUGAUAGACUUAGGAGGAUUUCCUGCAAAGGGACAACUUCCUCGGGAGGCUUUUUAUCACCUGUUGUUCCCCUAAAAGCUGUAAACGCGAUUCUGUGGAAGAACCAGAAGCAGAGCAGGUGCCUGAAGAUCCUGAAACAGCUGGAGAUCUACUGCCAGGAUCUGCUGAGGACUCAGCCCCAAAUCUCCCAGGGAGAAGACGUGAUCCAUUUCUUUGAAGCGCAGAGCCAAGAUAUGGACUCUUCUUUUGCAGAAAACAGCAACAUCACUUUUCCUUCUGAAAUGGGAAACGGAAAACAAGCGGCUCCGGUUUGGCCAUCCAUGCUGACCAUCACAGAACCCAUCGUUUCCCCAAUCUACACUUGCAUCGAGGCAUUUGAAACCACUGAUACGAAAAUCGGUGCUUUCCAAGCCCUCCGGGGAGAAUCGCUGGAAGUGCUCAUGAAGGACCGGACAGGUUGGUGGCUGGUAGAAAACAACCGGAAGCAACUUGCCUGGUUCCCAGCCUCUUACCUGGAGGAAACUGAGGAAGGACCCAUAGCUGAAGGAACCAAGGAGGAAGGGAUGCUGUAUUACCUCACAGAGUCUUAUGAAGCCCAGGAGGCAGAUGAGCUCUCUGUGAAGCCUGGGGUCUUGGUGGAAGUGCUGGAGAAACUGGACAGUGGCUGGUGGCUUGUCUGGUACAAUGGGAAGCGUGGAUACAUCCCGUCUGUGUUCCUCCAGCCAUACAGAAACCCACAUCACAAAUUCCUGGCCCUUGCCAGCCACGGACUGUGUGUCUCCAGCCCAAACCUCUUGGACGUCCCUGGCCUCUCGAGUGAGACUUCCUCAGCCCAAGAAAAACAGUGUCAUGGAGGGAAAGCUGCUCUCUGGGGAAGAGCACAAUCCUGCUUUCUGGGCCCAGCUGCAGCCACAGCAAGCUCCUUUCUGGCCACAGAAGGAGAAAACUUGUCUGAUAUUUUGGGAAGCCUGAGCAAACAGGAAUCUCACUGGCUCCCCAAAGCCAAGGUCAGGAGGGUGGGAAGUGUCCUCCCAACAGAGAUACCCCAGAAGACCCCUGGAUGUCAGGGCCAUCCCUCCCCAAACCUGGGGAAGAAGCCAUGGGACAACCCUGGCUUCGACAAGAAACCUGUGGGGUCCUUACACCCUUUCUAUGGGUCCCCUUUGGCCCCUGCUCAAUACAGCCCCCCAGUGCCCCCUCGCCCUUCGCCUCACGAAAUCCUCCAGAAAUGCACCACCGUCACCAAGAGAACCAUCCAAAUGGCGAAGCCUAGGACCAACCCUACUGCCUGCAAAUAAAUGGCUUUGCAGAGCAAAAAGGCAAACUAAGCAGUUGGGACUUAUACACCACUCCCUAAAGAAAACUUGCAAGCAGAAGACAAACUGUGCAAGAGGAAAAGUACCUCUCCAGAUAAGGGAACACCUGGCCAAACUGGACACACUGGAGGUUUCUGCUAUAUAUGUGGAUAUCAGCAUUUUCUAAAAUAGGUGAGGGGAUGGGUGUUGGGAGCUGAAUAAAAUUUGUCAUGGAGGGGAGGGAAUGGUUCUUAAUGAGUGUUGGGGUUUAUUCUGUGAAUUUUAAUGUGCUCCUUUCCAGGAUCUGGGGGGAAUUUACUUCCUUCUUCACAUGAUGAUCCCUUACCCUAGUUUUCCAGUUCUUUGGAAGACCAGAAGUUCAACUUCUGGUCUUGAGUCAGACAUUUGGGCCUUGAGUCAGACAUUUGGGCCUUGUAAAUAUGUCUAGCAUUGUGGUUGUAUUUGUAGCUCUGCAAUCUGUAGAUCUACUGUGUUUAUUUCAAGAGAUUCCUUUCUUAUUACUGCGAUUUACUCCUUUUCCUCUAAUGAACAUAGUAUGUUGACACUAUAUAUACAUAUGUGUGUGUGUG